AUGGCCUCCACUAGCGCACCCUUCGUCCUCGACACGCCGACCAUCCUCUGCAUCGGCUUCGCGCUGUCCUUCAUGCCCAUCGCCUACAUCCUAGGCCGAACGCUGAUUCCCUCCACCCACACGCGCAACCGCUUCCUCUUCUUCUGGCACGCCUACGACGCCCUCACACACAUCUUCAUCGAGGGCUCCUUCCUCUACCAGUGCUUCUUCAGCUACACUGCCGUCCCCGUCGGCUUCAACCGCGAGCCCUACUUCCUCGGCUACAAGGACCGGGUCUACGGCGCCGCCCACGGCACGGGGCCCAGCGCGCGGCUGUGGCAGGAAUACGCGAAAGCGGACGGACGCUGGGCCGUCGCGGACCCGUGCGUCAUCGCAUUGGAGAUCCUGACCGUGGUGCUUGGGGGACCGGCAGCGGUCUACACCUGCUAUCUGUUGUGGAAGCUAUCGAGCGCGAAAUCCAGCGCGGCGGUGCGCGGCGCUGCUAAGGGCAAACUGUGGCUCGUGGCGCCGGCGUUGGCGACUGCCGAGCUGUACGGCGGAUUCAUGACUUUCGGACCGGAGUGGUUGACGGCGAGUUCGCAGUUGGCGACGGAUAAUCCGGUUUAUUUGUGGUUCUAUCUCUUCUUUUUCAAUACGUUGUGGGUGUUUGUUCCCGGUUGGGUGCUGUGGGAGGCUUAUAAGGAGCUGAAGGGGGCGUUUGUGAAGGCGGAAGGGACGAGUGGGAAGAAGAAGCAGUAA